UUUGCCUCAUUACGAAAUCGGGAUUCAGAUUGCAUAAUUUCUUUGUUUGCUCUCUGUUUUUUUAUAAGACGCUUUCUUUAACAAUUUCCCCAAGUGCGACGUGUUGGAUUCGUCUCGCGAUCAAGCGCGCGACUCAGAUCUGCUGAUGAUGAACAUGAGGUCUCUGCUGACACUUCCAGUGUUUUUGGCUCUCAUAAGGGGGACCAAGGGACAGAACCCAACAGUGUUACUCCGGCCGAACUUCCCUCAGGUGUAUGUUGGAGAUGACGUCACUCUGAUCUGUAACCGGGAAGGAGGGAGUAAACCAACAAUAUGGUAUCGUGAUGGAAAAGUACAAGAAUCAUAUCAGGAUUAUACAAUGCUGCUUACUGCAGUGACACCAGAAAACAACGGGUCGUAUAAAUGUGUGCAGGACAAUCAGAAAAGUGACCCGUUCACACUCACUGUACUGGAGCUGGAGCCUCACGCUCAGCUCUCUCCAUCUGUAGAAGGUGCUGUGAUGACCAAAGGAGAUGGAAGAAACCUGGUGCUGCAGGUGGAUGAUGAUCUGAAGGACUGGGCUUGUUAUGUGUUGAGAGGAGUGAGAACCUUCAGUUUAGGACUCGAUAUUAAUAAGAAGAUGAAGAGAGCUGUUAUAUUUGCAGAAUUAAAGGAGGCAGAAAGAGCCACUUUCUGGUGCAGGAACAGGAAAACACAACAUCGAAGCAAUGCAGUGACGCUGAAAAUGACAGAGCUCAUGGUGAUGUUGGUUCCUCCGGCCGUUCCUGUCCUGCAGGGGGAGCCUGUGGCUCUCAGGUGUGUAGUCUGGGGUGGACCGAAACUAGAAAAGGCCGUCUUCUAUAAGAAUCAAAAAGAAAUCUUCAGGUCACCUGAAGGCACAUACGACAUCAACAACGCCACACAAGAUGAUAACGGCAAAUACAGCUGCCACGCCACCUACAGGUACACACACAUCAGUGCAGGAGCUGCUAGGAAGGAAGGAGAUUCUGAUCUCCAGGAGUUAAAAGUUAUAGGUGGACCUGCUGCUGCAGUUAUUUCAGGGUCUGCAAAGAGUCUGCAGUGUUCCUGUCCUCGCUGUCCUAAAAUCUGCACGUCCUGCCACUGGUAUCACACACUCUCUAAUGACCAACAGUCACACAGAAGACUACCUGAAAAUGGCAUGUCUGUUACUCCUGAGGAAGAAGGAGAGUACAGCUGUCGGAUGGACUGUGGGAAUGGUUUCUCCCGUUUCAGCGAUAGUUACAGCUACAAAGCACAACCGGCGGAGUUUGGAGGCCUGCUGUACAUACUGGUCGGGGGGGCAGCACUCAUUAUUCUCCUGUGUGGGACUGUGUGGAUGCUGAAGCGCAGAAAACAAGGAGGAAGUGAUAUACAAGAGAGUAAACAGGGUAAAGAUAAGGACAUGCUGAUAAGUUUAAACUUUGAGCAAAGGGAGCAAUGUUAAGGCUUAGACAGUGGAGGAAAAUCAGUAUGAAGAACUGAAGGCUGAGAAACAGGAGACAAAUGAGACGAGCAAAGAGAAAGAAUGAAGAAUAACCAUAUACAUGUCAACCAAUAGUCAAAUAGCUGUUUUAGCCAUUAAAAGCAAUGCCGCCUUUCUAUAAACUCGGCAUUCACUAACAGUAGUUUAAUUCCAGCUAUCAUUACUGUAUUUAAAGUUAUAGUGAUAAUAUCAAAUAAUGUUUAAUGUGUCAAAGAAGCAUCACCAUUGGGAUGUGUGAGGAUGCUUUAAAGAAAUAGUUCACUCAGUUAACCUUCAAGUCAUCUAAGAUGCAAACAUGUUUGAUUUUCUCAAAUAUUUGGAGAAAUGUAGCAUAGCAUCACUUGCUCAUCAAUGGUUACACAUUUACACUAUCAAAUGAUCAACGUUGAGUUUUUCUGUGAGGCUGAAGAGCGCUGACACCACUAAACAACAUUAGUACUGACGUUUCUACUAUUUCUCAGCUAUAGUGACUCAUUCAGCUGUAAAUGCCUGUGCACUAUAGUCUAUUCACACUAUUUCAUCAUUUUAUGCUUUUUUAUUUUUAUCACAUUUUAAUUCUAGUGUUUUUAUGUGACAGUGUUGUUUAUAAAGUACUUUGAGAACUUGUCCUGAUUAUAAAAGCAAUGCAUAUUCAGCUUUUUUAAUUGAGGAUGUGUAUCAGAUAGAACACAGCUGUGUAUCUGAAGGAAAUAUAUCUCAGUGCAGCUGUAGUUCAGUCUUUCUCCACUAAAGGACAAACCAGUGUCUGACCCAGUCAUGUCGAGGUUCACCACAAGAGGUCACUGCAGGAUUGAUUUGCUUUUCUGCUUACACACUGGUUAGUGGUUUUGUCACUUAAUCUGUUUAUUCUACUUCCUUGUAUCGCAUCUUGUGUAUUUCACAUUAAAUAGUGAAUAAAUUG